GUUGAGGAGGAGAGGCAGAUGAGAGCGCACUGCUGGAGCCGCUCCAUCACUGAGGGAAGGAAGGGGCUGCUGGAGUGAAAAACACGGGGAAAGAGAAGCCAGGCGUUUAAUUUUGGAUUUUUUAGCAGGAAAAACAGCUCGUUCUGCAUCGUGUUAACGCUGUUUACGCUGCUGGCUGUCUGCCAUUAGCGGGGAAUGCGGUUUACCGGCGAAUAGACCGGACCGGUGCGUCUACGUUUCUCUGCCCCCUUCCGUCGCGCCUGGCUCGGGCAGGUCCGGUGCUCUGUUCGCGGUGAGGUCGCCUCUCUGUGGGCGCUGAGGCUGGAAGAUGGACGCGUUUUUCACAGAGGGGGCACGAGUGUGGGUGAAGGAGAAAGAUCAGCUGCUUCCUUCUACAGUCAACUCCUGUGGAGAUGGACCCCUCGUACUCACUACUGACUAUGGAGAGGUGCUGUAUCUGCAGCUGGAUGAGGUCAACAGGGAGAAGGUGUACCCCAUGGACCAGAGCAGCAUUGAUGGAGUGGAGGACAUGUCCACUCUGGCGGAGCUGCACGAGGCCGCCAUCUUGCACAACCUCCACCAGCGCUACAAGAAGGACAACAUCUAUACUAACAUAGGCUCUAUCCUGGCAGCGGUGAACCCCUAUAAGCAGAUUGGGGGGCUGUAUGACCUGUCUGCAGUAGAGCUGUACAGUCAGCAUCACAUCGGGGAGCUCCCGCCUCACAUCUUUGCAGUGGCCAAUGAGAGUUACCGAUGCCUGUGGAAAAGACAUGACAGCCAGUGUGUGCUCAUCAGUGGAGAGAGUGGGGCUGGUAAAACCGAGAGCACUAAACUACUGCUGCAGUUUCUGUCUGUCAUGAGCCAAAAUUCAGCUGGAACUCCGCCCACAGAGAAGACCACACGUGUGGAACAAGCCAUUGUACAGAGCAGUCCCAUCAUGGAAGCGUUCGGGAACGCCAAAACUGUUUACAACAACAACUCCAGUCGCUUCGGCAAAUUCAUUCAACUACAUUUCUCCCAGAGUGGCAACAUCCAAGGAGGCUGCAUCGUUGACUAUUUGCUUGAAAAGAACCGUGUGGUGAGACAGAACCCAGGAGAGAGAAACUAUCACAUCUUCUACGCUCUGCUGGGCGGGGCAGAUAAAGGGCAGAAAGAGACAUAUUUCCUGGAAGACCCUCCAGAGUCGUUUUAUUACCUGAACCAGUCAGGCUGUUUGAAGGACCGGAGUCUGGAUGAUAAGCAGCUGUACGACAGUGUGAUGGAGGCGCUGAAGGUGAUGGAGUUCACAGAGGAGGAGAUCAGAGACAUGUUCAAGCUGCUGUCUGGAGUUCUGCAGCUCGGCAACAUAGAGUUCAUGACAGCAGGAGGCGCUCAAAUCACCACCAAGCAAGUGGCCACUAAUGUGAGUGAGCUACUGGGACUGGACUCAUUCCAGCUGUCUGAAGUUCUGACCCAGCGCUCCAUGAUCCUCAGAGGAGAGGAGAUCUGCUCCCCACUUACUGUAGAACAGGCGAUAGAUUCGAGGGAUUCAGUUUCCAUGGCUCUGUACUCUCAGUGCUUCUCCUGGAUUAUCAUGCGGAUCAAUCAGAAAAUCAAUGGCAAAGAUAACUUCAAAUCCAUCGGCAUCCUCGACAUCUUUGGAUUUGAGAAUUUUGAGGUUAACCGCUUCGAACAGUUCAGCAUUAACUAUGCUAAUGAAAAGCUGCAGGAGUACUUCAACAAGCAUAUCUUCUCCCUGGAGCAGCUAGAGUACAACAGGGAGGGGAUUCGCUGGGAGGCCAUAGACUGGAUGGAUAAUGCAGAGUGCCUGGACCUGAUAGAAAAAAAACUGGGAAUGCUGGCGCUGGUUAAUGAGGAGAGUCGAUUCCCUAAAGGCACCGACUUUACUCUGCUGGAGAAACUACACAGCCGACACUCUACCAACCCGUACUAUGUGAAGCCCAGACUGGCAGACCAUCAGUUUGGCAUCAAGCACUACGCUGGAGAGGUUUUGUAUGAUGUAAGAGGGAUAUUGGAGAAGAACAGAGAUACAUUCAGAGAUGAUAUCCUGAAUAUGCUGAAGGACAGCAGGCUGGACUUCAUCUAUGACCUGUUUGAGCAAGUAGGCAGCAGGAACAACGAGGAGACUCUAAAGAUGGGCACGGCCAGGAAGAAGCCCACCGUCAGCUCCCAGUUCAGAGACUCCCUUCAUUCUCUAAUGGCCACUCUGAGCGUGUCCAACCCCUUCUUCGUGCGCUGCAUCAAACCCAACAUGGACAAGACACCCAGCAGGUUUGACCCUGACGUGGUUUUGAACCAGUUGCGCUACUCAGGUAUGCUGGAGACGGUGAAGAUCCGCAGAGCGGGCUUUCCUGUCAGACGCACCUUUAAAGACUUCUUCAGCAGGUAUAAGAUCAUUCUGAAGGACAUGGGGGCGGGAGCGGAGGGAGAUGAGAAGAAAAAAUGCACAGAUCUGUUGAUGAAAUAUGACUGGGUGAAAAAAGAGUGGCAGCUUGGGAAGACCAAGGUGUUCAUGAAGGAGUCUCUGGAGCAGAAGCUGGAGAAAGAGAGGGACGAGGUGCGCCGUAAAGCUGGCCUCAUCAUACGGGCAUACCUACUACGUUACACUGCAAGGAAGCACUUUAAGAAAGCUCGUUCCAGCACUGUGAUCAUCCAGAAGAAUUACCGUGCUCACCUGUACCGCCGGCGGUUUCAGCGGAAGCGCUCAGCAGCGCUGGUCCUUCAGAAGCACCGGCGAGGGCAGGUGGCACGGGGCCUCUGCCGAAAACUCAGACAGGAGAAGAAAAAACGUGAGGAGGAGGAGAGAAAGAAGAAGGAGGAAGAAGAGAAGAGUCGAGAGGCAGACAAGGACAAAGACGGAGCAACUGCAAAAGAAGAAGGUGCAUCAGAAGAAGAUCAGGCAGAAUCCCCGCUCACUGUUGAGGAAGAGACUCGUCAGAUGGAGGAGAUUCUGAGGCUGGAGCGAGAGAUCGAGCGCUUGCAGAAGCAGAGGGAGGAUGGUGUGUCCAUGCUGUGCGAGAGCUCGCGGCAGGAGCUCCGCCUACGCCGGGAUGCGGAGACGCUUCGGCAGAAGAAGGAGGCCUCACGUGCCGCCACUCAGUCCCUUGACCUGCAGGACUUCGACCCCAAACGAGCUUCCCCUGUGCCUCCCCCCACUGUUACUGAGGAAGAGGAGGUGGAUGAAGGCUUCCACGCAGACGAGGAGUGCAUACCUCUGUCUGAGUUUCCCCCACCUGCCGAGGGACCUCCGGAUCAGGAGAUCUUAGCCACUCUACCCCCUCCUCCAGCGGCCUUUGCAGAGGGUACAGUACCAUCGGGAGCUCCUGCUGCAGCUCCGGAGGUUCCUGGAGCGCCCAAUGCCCCACCACCUCCCCCACCUCCACCGCCUCCUCCUCCUCCACCUCCCCCACCUCCACUUCCUGGAGAGGCUCCAGUGGUAAAGAAGGAUGUUUCCGAGUCUGCUGGGCCUGAAAAAGAGCAGGCGAAAGCAACAGAGGAGAAGAAAGCAGAAGAGGAGAAGAAAGCAGAAGAUGGAGCUGGAGAUGAAGCAGUUGACAGAGCCAGCAAACUGACAGUGUCUGAGUCCAUGGUGGAUGCAGAAGAGCCCAUUUACAGCCUGCCACUGGACACAGAGUCUGAUUACGACCAGGACGAGUUGGAGGAUGGUCAGAGCAGUACAGCGGCCACGGACCCCGAACACGCCCGCAAGUCCACCUGUACCAACGCCAGCCAGGAGUCCUACAACCGCAGCUCUGACUCGUAUGUGGAAAGUGAUGAAGAGCAUGAUGGCUAUGCAGACACAGAUGAGGAGGUGUCUAAUGGGAGAGUGAGUGUGCUGAAUGGUAACGGACCUCCGUAUUUCCACAGCUACCUUUAUAUGAAGGCUGGUCUGAUGAUCCCGUGGCGGAGGCGCUGGUGUGUGCUGAAGGACGAAACCUUCAUGUGGUUCCGCUCCAAGCAGGAGUCUUUAAAGUCAGGCUGGUUGUAUAAGAAAGGUGGGGGUCUGUCCACACUGUCCCGCAGGAACUGGAAGAUGCGCUGGUUCGUGCUGCGAGACUCCAAGCUGAUGUACUUUGAAAAUGACAGUGAGGAAAAGUUGAAAGGAACCAUCGACAUCCGCUCUGCCAAGGAAAUAGUGGACAAUCAUGAGAAAGAGAACGCUCUGAACAUUGUGACGGAUGAGAGGACAUAUCAAGUGUUUGCAGAGUCACCAGAGGAUGCCAGUGGUUGGUUUAAUGUCUUGAGUCGGGUUCACACUGCCAGUCCUGAGCAGCUGCUGGAGAUGUCCCAUGAGCAGGCCAACCCCAAGAAUGCUGUGGGCACUCUGGAUGUGGGGCUGAUAGACUCUGUUUGUGCCUCUGACAAUCCUGACCGGCCCAACUCAUUUGUAAUCAUCACGGCUAAUCGAGUGAUCCACUGUAACACCGACCUUCCAGAGGAGAUGCACCACUGGAUCAGCCUCCUACAGAAGCCCAAAGGAGAUUCCAAGAUUGAGGGCCAGGAGUUUCUGGUCAGAGGCUGGCUGCAUAAAGAAGUAAAGACUGGGGCGAAGAGCAGCGCACUAAAGCUGAAGAAGCGCUGGUUUGUCCUGACUAACAACUCUUUGGAUUACUACAAGUCAGCAGAACGCAGUGCAUCCAAAAUGGGAACCCUGGUGCUUAACAGCCUCUGCUCUGUGGUUCAGCCUGAGGAAAAAGUGUUCAAAGAAACAGGUUACUGGAACAUCAUUGUUCAUGGGCGGAAACAUUCCUACCGGCUCUACACUAAGCUGCUGAAUGAAGCUGCCAGAUGGGUGUCGGCCAUCCAGGGAGUCAUUGAGAACAAGGUGCCCAUCGAGACGCCCACUCAGCAGCUCAUCAGAGACAUCAAGGAGAGCAGUGUGAACUCAGAGGCGGUGGAGCAGAUGUAUCGCAGAAACCCCAUCCUCAGAUAUACCCAGCAUCCCCUGCACUCACCUCUCCUGCCCUUGCCCUAUGGAGAAAUCAAUGAUAACUUUCAAAAGCAGAAGGGUUAUGGGAGUCUGCAGGACGAGGCAGUGAAGAUCUUUAACUCUCUGCAAGAGAUGGAGAUUGUGUCUGAUCCAAUAGCUAUCAUCCAGGGAAUUCUGCAGACCUGCCAUGAUCUCAAACCACUCCGAGACGAGGUCUACUGUCAGCUGAUCAAACAGACCAAUCACGUGCCCCAGCCCAACAGCCCAGCCAAUCGGGCACACUGGCACUUGCUCACGUGCAUGAGCUGCACAUUCCUGCCCAGUCGUGCCAUUCUGCGUUAUCUCCGCUUCCACCUGAAGAGGGUUAGGGAGCGUUACCCAGGUACUGAAAUUGAGAAGUAUGCCUUCUUCAUCGGCGAGUCUCUGAAGAAGACCAAGGCAAGAGAAUUUGUGCCAUCUCAGGAGGAGAUCGUCGCCCUGCUUACCAGACAAGAAAUGACCACCACUGUGUACUGCCAUGGAGGAGGAUCCUGCAAAAUCUCAAUCAACUCACAUACAACUGCAGGAGAGGUUGUGGAGAAGCUGAUCCGAGGUCUGGCGAUGGAUAACAGCAGGAACCUGUUUUCACUGUUCGAGCACAACAAAGUCGAGAGCCGGGCUAUUGAGAGCCGUGUUAUUGUGGCAGAUGUACUUGCCAAGUUUGAAAGGCUGGCCGGAAGUGAGGAAGAGGAGGAAGAUGGACCCUGUCGACUUUAUUUUAAACUUUACUGCUUCCUUGAUGUGGAGAGCAUGCCCAAAGAGGGGGUGGAGUUCGCCUUUAUGUUUGAACAGGCUCAUGAGAGUCUGAUCAGUGGUCAUUUCCCUGCCCCUGAGGAGACGCUGCAGCAUCUGGCUGCUCUGCGCCUGCAGUACAUCCACGGAGACGUGGCGCGGACACCCUGGAGCCUGAGCAGCGUGUAUCCUGUGGGCCGGCUCCGCACGCGAAUCCUGCAGUCCACCAAGGCCGGCGGGACUGGUGCUCCAGGGGUCGGCCCGGUGGGGCCAGGGGGUCACGCGAUCCAUGGGAGACGGACCAGCUUUCUGGACGGGACUCUGAGGCGCAGCUUCAAGACGGGUUCUCUGAAGAAGCAGCGGGUGGAGGAGGAGCAGAUGCUGGAGAUGUUUGUGAAGGAGGAGAUGUCGGCCACUCUGACCAGCGUUCUGGAGAAGUGGAAUCGGCUGCAGGGCAUGCCCCAGCAUCAGGCCAUGCUCAAUUACAUGACCAUCAUUAAAGAGUGGCCUGGAUAUGGCUCUACACUCUUUGAUGUGGAGUGUAAAGAAGGGGGCUUCCCUCAUGACCUGUGGCUGGGAGUGAGUGCAGAGAACGUGUCCGUAUAUAAGAGAGGAGAACCCAAACCACUGGAGACCUUUCAGUAUGAGCAUAUCGUCUUCUUCGGAGCACCACAGCCUAGCACCUACAAAAUCACUGUGGACGAGAGAGAGAUGUUCUUCGAAACUCCUCAGGUGGGUGAGAUCACUAAGAUCAUGAAGGCUUACAUCAACAUGAUUGUGAAGAAGCGCUGCAGCGUCAUGUCCGUCACCAGCACCAGCAGUGCUUGGAUGAGGUGAUCAAGAACCUUUACAAGAAGCUAUAGAAGUUGCAGAGACAAAACAGAGGAUGUCUUCUUGUAUGAGAUGUUUAACCUCACCUACCUGCUGAUCAUAUGAGAGAUAUACGAAAUACGAGAUACGAGAGAACAGAAAGGAGAGAGAGAGAGAGAGAGAUGCACAAUGACUCUGACUUGGCUCUGUUUAACCCUUUGUCUUAUUUAUUUUGAAUGCAGCAUCUUUUUUCAUGUCAGUGAAGUCUUAAUUUAUUUGUUCAUAAGAACCAACCACACACCUACAAAAGCACAACCGAGCCAAACCAUCAGUCCUGUUACUGUAGAGCCUCCCUCACUGCCAGCACUGAGACUGACUGAGACCAAGACUGAGGUCUUCUCUCUUCUCUUUUAUCUUCGUCAACUUUCCGUCACCAACUCUCUCUCUUAAUGUUCAGCUUGUGGUGGUUGAUGUCCUCUCCAGCCCAAAGGACCCAUGACUGAGCCAUCCCAGAAGCGUGGGCUUGUAUGUGAGUUUGUUCUGUUUAAGUUUGCCCGUUUCCUAAAACGUGAACUCAGAGUUACACUCAGAGCCUUUUUCUGAGCCUUUAUCACCAAUACAGAACUGUCCAUCACUGAAAAUGUGUGCCCUGGGACUGACCAGAGAGGUGACGUGUAAGGAAAUCGUUCAGAAAAGAGCCAUUUGAACAUUCUGAUCUUAGUGUGGGUUUAUUACUUUUCACACAUUACCACCAAACUAUAUUUUAAACAUACUAUUUAUAUUCAAUUUAAUAUAAUUUGAGUCUUUUUAGGGCGUUUUCACACUUGUUCCAAAUAAAUGAGUGCUCACCUAUACCUAUACUAAUUCUAAGCUCGUAAUCAAACCAUUCGAAUCAUAGACCGAUUGUGUAAUUCCAUGCAUCACUUUUCUGUGUGUGAGAUAGCAAAAACUGUGGCUGUUUGUUGCUUUUUAUUAUUUUAUUUGGAUAUAAACACUCAAGCAGUGAGAAACUUGAGCUUUUGGGAUACAGUGGUGGUUUAUUAGGAUAAAAUGAUGAAAAGAAAAGUAACGCAAUAAGUGUAAGCAUCACAUCACAUUACAUAAUGAACCAAUCACGCAAACCUACACGCAGCACCAGGAGCUGACAGCUUUCACACCUGCAGCGGACUGCACUAGAGUCCACUUAAAGUAAACCCCAACCCACUAAUUUGAGGAGGACUAGAGAUUGGUGCUCUGGACUGUUACUAGGCUCAAACGUAGCUUUCACACUUGUGCAACGAACUGAACUGUCAGAGCAAGUGUGACCCAGUCUGAAUAAAAAAGGCUAGUGUGAAAACGCCCUUAAAAAAGUGGCUGAGAGAAUGCAUUUAAUAUACAAUUGUACAGUAUACAUUAUUCAAACAUACAAUGCCAGUGCACAAUAAUAUUUGGACAGCGACUGAGUGAAUGAGUUUCAUUCAUUCUGCCAGAAAUCUGCACAGCAGUUUUGAAAAGCUUAAGAAAGCCUCUAUAUACCUCCUUGUCCCCAGUUCGGCCAGCCAAACCAACUUCUUACUGAGUGUUGCCACUGGAAGUACAUCAGUAUAAUACCAAGCAAGGUCAAGCCUAAACUGGGGAUGAUAUCGUGACCAGCAUACGGAUAUGCUUCAUAACAUCAGAUGACUUUUAAUGUAUCAUGUGACAUUCAUUUGGAAAUGCUAUGUGAGGAAUGAAGUUAUCUGUUGAAUUCUAAGCUACUGAGUUCUUUCUUCCCCAGUGUUACUGCUGAACCAACAUUGAACCAUUGAGUAUUGAUAACUGAUAAUUAAUACUAGAAAGUCAGAAAAUCUAGCUUUUUUGUGUUUAGGACUCAAAUAUUGUUCAGAACUAGACAUAAGCAGUUUGAAGCCAAAGUGUUGGGACAGUGGUGUAUUUUAAACCAGACCAAAAGACAAAUUCGGAAAAAAAAAAAAAAGCUAAAGGACUGAAUGUCAGCUUUUGUCUUUGGGUACCACAAGUCAAAUACAUGAGAUAUCUUCUUUAAAGUGUAACGUUAAGGAAGUUGUAAAUAUUGUUUGGUGCGAGAGAUCCAGGGCACAAAUUUAGCCUGAGCAGGAUGGUUUUCCAGGUUAUCAAAGUGGAGCCAAAGCCAGUUUAUGGAGAGCUUAUUCACUUCAUAUCCCCCUUGUUAUAUCAGAAAAUGACUCCAAACCGCUAGAGGGAGUCCACGAGUGAGUCCAAAAUGAAUGGAGGUGAAAGAAGCUAAACUAAUUUUUAAUGUCAGCUAAACUCACAUGAAAAAUAGCAACUAAUCGCUUGGCCAGGAUUUUCCUCUAAUUUUGGAAAGUCAAAUGAUGUAUUUUGCUAAAAAAAAGCAAUGAAAACGGACCUGUGUAUUUUCAAUUUUCCACACAAACAGGUUUUAGGCAGUAAAGAUGAUAGCAUCAACAUGAUACUGCUACUUUUACAAGCCUUUUACAUUUAAAAAAUGUGUUUGAUUCUAAAACAAUUGAGGAUGUACUGUUGAGAAAAUUAUUAAAAAUGUCAGCAUAAAAUUAUCUAACAUUAUUAAUCUUGUAUGAUUUUGCUCAAUUGCUCCACAUAAACCUAUUGAUUUUGGACUCACCCUGGAACGCCCUCUGGUGGCUCAAAAAUUGAGAAGAGAUUCUUAAGUGAGUAUUGUCUUCUCUAGAGAUUUUCUAGAGAAAGAAAGGCUGCCCUAAAUACCUCUCUCUGCAGCAGUGCUCUCUGACUGUUUUAACAUAAGAGGCUUGGACCCCUUUUUUUUCCUUAAAGCUGCUUUGUGACAACUUUUGUUGUAAAAAGCGCUAUAUAAAUAAAAUUGAAUUGAAUUUUAUUACCUGCCCUGGUGGGUAAAUUGCAGGACUGCACACUGUGUUGCCACAAUGUUAAGCUGAUAGAUCAGAACUGGCUAUUAGUGUUCUCCUCCUCCUAAUGUGUUGAACUGUCCAUUAACAUUGUGUGGUGGCUGGCUACUUGUGAUUCAGAUGAAACACAUGUUAGCCUAGUUAAUGGGUGGGAAUUAUGUUGCAUUGCAUUUUCCUUGGAUGUUGGAACUGGGAAUUACUUUACACCUGAGUUCAUGAUUUCAAAACAUUUCCAAAAAACAGUUACGUUAAAACGAAACGUUGCCAGUAAUAUACCAGUGUUUUUUUGGUGGAUCGUGUCAAAAUAUGUCCUAGGUUAUCACUGUUAGCAUUGUUCCAGGUUAGCAUUGUUAUACCAGUUGAUAACACUGCAUAUAAUAGUACAUAUUCAAAAUAUGUAUGGAAUGAUAAGAAGAACAAAAGUUUCUGUCCUAAAAAGAGAAAUGUGUUAAGAAAAAAAAACAAGGACAAACAAUCCUAAGCAUAAGGCAGUAUCAUUUCUUGAGGAUUGGGCUGUUUUACAUUAAAAGUGCCAUAGAAUUUUGUUAAACAGUAUUUUAUUAUAAUCUCUGAUAUCUACAAAGAAGCAAGGUGAUUUUACUUGGGGUGGCGCCCAAUUCUGUUCCUAUGAUUUGGCCUAGAAUGAUUUUUUUAUAGAACUUUAUAUUGAACUUCUGAUGUUCUGGUUUCCAGCAGGACACUGUGACGACUCACACAGAAUCAACAUUGCAUAACAUGGCAUAGCUUUGUUUUUAGCUUUUCUUUGUUUUUAGUAACAUUGUUCCUCAGAAUAGUUUACUACAUUACUGAAAAGCACUGCUAUCCUGUUGAUAUGGUUUGUGAUUAGCUAUUUUAAGAGAUUGGCUAGGGUUAGCUUUUAGCCUAACACAGAUACCUGCAUGCUUCCUGCAUUUUCGCUUCAUUGCACACUGUUUAUGAUUUUCCUUCCCUGGCUCUAGUGUCAUCAGGCCAGGCUGUGGUUCUCAGAGUCUGAUGGUGAUGUGCUGUCAAAUUAUCUUAGAAAACUUAAUGCAAAGUUUAGUUAACAGAAACACCAUAAUCUCAGGAACUCAGCACUGGAUGUGCUUACAUCAGAAUGGCAAGAUUGCUGGUGUAUGUGAAUGAUGAGGCAUCAAAACUGUGAUGUAAUAGUUUUAGGGCUCUGGAAUUGGCAGGUUUUACAGCUGUGUUUUACUUAUUAUACAUUUCGGUUUUGUAUUUGAACAAAAGAUAAGUGUUUUAUGCCAGUUUUCCAUUCUGCGGCACCUUUAACGUCUGUUACAGUUUCCCAAAAAGGUAAAAGCUGACAUCAUGUACUUCAUUUUUGACAUAAAAAUGUCAUGAAUAUGCAACAAAAAUAGCUGAUUAUACGCACAGCAUUUUGAACCAAAAUGCAUCUGUGACGAUUAAAAUUUUGUGUACUGUGAUAUUGUGUUAAAAAGAGAAAAAUGAUACUUUAGUAGUUUUGCCCCCUAGAACACAAAAAUUGGAUAUAGGUAAUAAAUACAAAGGAUUAAUGAAACCACAGUAUUAAAAAGUUAACAAUCAUAUAUUAUAGUGUUUUAAAAGAUUAAAGCAAAAACAAAAACUCAGUAGGUGACAUAAACUCAGUGUCAAUGAUUUAAUUGACUUGUGCAAUUCAAUUAUGCUGGUAACUCUUUUUCAGAGGCUUUAAAUAGUUUACCCUGUUGCAGCCAGUGUAAAUAUAUACAUAACUCAGAAAAACACUGAGUUGGCUGUUAAAGCUGUUAACUAGCUCAUUACAUCUUUUUUACUGUUUACUGUAAUUAAACGUUACGAUUUAUAGGUGAAGGGCUCGAUUCUGCAGCCCAGCGAUAUGGCGGAAGGUCAGAGUAACAUGCACAAGACGCGUUAUCGAUAUUACAUAAUUAUUCACAUCAUAUCUUAUUGAUCAACACUCAGAGUAAGUCCAAGUAUGCCUGUUAUUGUCUGUUUUUUUAUUUAACUUAAAAUAUAAAACUACUGUAUCUCCCAAAACAGUACCUGUGUAAUUUUGCUGUUUGAUAUGCAACUAUAUUUGUCAGUGUAAUGCAAGUUUCUUUGUGUGUGUCUGAGAAUUCUUAACAUAAAGAUGGAACGAAUCGAAGCGAGCGAAAAAAAAAAAAGGUUCACAGUUUAAAGGCAUUGUGGAGAAAUUAUCAUAAGUGUAUGGGUAUUUCUGUUAAGGGUGGGUGUUGUGAUUGUUGUUUGAGGCACAAAAUAAAGUGUGUGUGGGAGGGGCGGGGAGGUGGGUGGGUGAAGGGUUGGUGUAUUUAUUACCGAUAAUAUUAACGCAGUGAGAAAGCGAGUGGGAGGGACAGGGAGUAAGUGGGCUGAAGUUUUCCUUUUGAGCUGACCUAGGACCAGUCUCAGUACUCCAAACUGAUUGAACAGCUGGUGUCAUAUUUACCAGUCAUUGCACAAAAACUGAAAUUAAAUCCAUAAACUAAAUUAUGGAUGUAAAAUCCAACACCUAGCUAAAUAUACCUGUAAAUCUAAUUGGGGAAAUUAUUUAGGUUUAAACAAUAAAGGUUUAAAAGGCCUUGUGGGUUUUCCAUUUUCUGUCAUAUAAUACAUAUUAAUACAUAAUAAACCUUUAUUAGCAUAACAACUACAUGAGCUCAUAAUUUAACUGAUACUGAUAAGAUGUAGUAGCAAAAUAAAGACUUCAUAUACAGCCUCCUUAAGUUAAAGGCGACUGGUCCUAGGUCAGUAGAGAAGGGCUACUUCUGCCAGCACUGGAUUACGGUGUGAACACACAUUGAGAGUGCUUUAGAUAUGGAUACACUAAAAUGAUGUGUAAUGAUGGUGUGUGUGUGUGUGUGCGUGUGCGUGAGGGGGGGUUGUUGAGGACGUCUAAACGUCUAGAAGGGAUGUUAGGUUACUACUGUCCUUCAUGAGUAUGUGCUGAUAUGUGUCACUCAACACACACACACACACACACACACACACACACACACAUACACACAUACAUACACACAAACACACUAAGAGCCACACUGACAGAUGUACACACACACACACACACACGCGCACAGUUCUGUCUCUCUCACUCUUUACACUGGGUCCUUGCUCAGCUGCAGGCAGCCAAUAUAGGGCCUGAAUGAUGUAAAUCUUUCUCAUUGUUGUUCUUAUAUGAGUAUAUAUAUAUAUAAUAUUUAAAACAAAUAUGACUAAUAAUAACUGUGCUUGUUUUAAAAAGAGAGGGAAUAAAUGUUUUUGUUCUUUUCUUCUUUUUUCAUUUUUUUUGUAACUGGCUUUACAAAAUGCUUUAAUAAAUUAUUGGAAUUUAUCACCAUA